CUAAAAAAUUUACUUCAAAACGUCAUCGACUCACAUUCAGCAGAUAUUCAAAUGGCAAAAUUACAACGACCUCGCCAGUAUGAUGAUGAAGUUCAACACUUCGACCGAAUGCACCCUGAAGAUGCUCCACAAUGGUCAUAUGUUGAGCAAGAGGAUUUUAUAUAUGAUACGGAAAUUGAUAGUAGAAGUGGUUUCGACGAAGAUGAAGACUAUGGUGAAGAAACGGAAGAGGUAUUAAUCGAUAGUCAAAAAAGUGGAGCCGGUGAUGAUUUAGCUGAAUGA